AUGGGCUUGAGAUCAACUUUGUCCACAACAGCAUACGUUCUUUCAUUUCUCAUUCUUUGCAAUGAAGUAAAUAAAGCAUACAAAAAACUAUCACAACAAGAGAAAAAACUUACACCAUUACCACCGAAAUCGCGUGGUAUCGAAUCACGAAUAGGCAACACGCCAUUAAUAGAGAUCAAAUCGCUCCUGCGCAAAACAGGUUGUAAAAUAUAUGCUAAAUUGGAACUUUCCAAUCCUGCGGGUAGUUCCAAAGACCGUGUCGCAUUAGCUAUUAUCCGGGCUGCUGAAACUCAGGGAUUAAUUCGCCCAUACCAUGGUGAUGUCAUCUUUGAAGGUACCUCAGGCUCCACUGGAAUUAGUUUUGCCGUAUUGUGCAAUGCUUUGGGCUAUACGGCGCAUAUAUGUCUACCCGAUGACACAUCGCCUGAAAAAUUACUACUUUUAGAAUCAUUGGGCGCGGAGGUUGAGAAGGUGAAACCAGCAAGUAUCAUUGAUCCCAAUCAAUAUGUCAAUGCGGCAAAGCGAGGCGCAGAAGCAAUCAAUAAUGACCCAAAUGACCCGAGAAGAGCCAUUUUUGCUAACCAGUUUGAAAAUGAUUUCAACUGGAGGAUUCAUUACACUACAACUGGGCCAGAAAUUUUAAAACAAUUCUCGGAUGAUGAGAAGGGAGUCGAUGUUUUUAUAAGCGGUAGUGGUACUGGUGGAACCAUUGCCGGUGUAGGAAGAGCAUUAAAGGAAUACAAUGAGGAUACCAAAAUUAUAUUGGCCGACCCGCAAGGAAGUGGACUUGCUAAUAGAAUCAAUUACGGAGUAUUGUAUGAUUCAGUGGAGAAAGAAGGGACUAGAAGAAGGCAUCAAGUUGACACUUUGGUGGAAGGAAUCGGACUUAACAGAUUAACAUGGAAUUUCUCCAAAGCUAUUCCAUAUAUAGAUGAAGCUGUUAAAGUUACUGACGAACAAGCGUUAAAGAUGGCAAGGUAUAUUUGUUUAAAUGAUGGACUAUUUUGGGGUAGUUCAUCAGCAAUCAAUUGUGUUGCUGCUGUUCAAACAGCAUUGAAGUAUGGACCAGGACAAACUAUAGUUUUAGUUGCAUGCGAUUCCGGCGAGCGACAUAUGUCAAAAUUUCAUGCAGCUGCAAUAAAACAUGGUUUGUGUGAACUAGAGGAUAUUAUCCAAGAUACGGAUUGA